CGGAAAUUUUCCCCACUCUAAAUUCUCGGGAAAAUUUUGCCAUUACGAUCUUUGUCUCUUCUCUCUCUCUCUCUCUCUCUCUCGCAAUUAACGCCAAUACCAGGAGAAGAACUUCGAUCCCCUUUCUCGUGGUAUUUCACUUUGGAUCUUGGGUUUUCCCCGGAUCGAUCUGAUAGGGGGCUUUUUUUUCACGGUAGGUGGAUUCUUUAGGGAUUCGUUUGUUUGUUUGAUCGAUCGGCAGCUGAGAUGGACGAGUUCGGUGUUCUUACGGAGCGUUAUGGGCUAAAGCCUCAGGGAAAAUCCGCACCGAUGUCUUCGUCGAAGCGAUCGGUGAAUCCUAACAAUGCUCAGAGCUGGCAUUUUGGUUCAAGCGCGGGUGUAGAUGCUAAACCUACCUCGUACGCUUCUGAUAGAUCUUGGAACACGGGAUCUGGUGAUAGGUCGUUGUUUGACGGCGACGACAUUUUCUUUAAAUCGAGUUCCAUUGAUAGGAAAGGCAUAGAUUCUGGUGGGUUUGACGAUUUAGGGUAUUUUGGUGGUUUGAACCAGUUGUCAUCCAAUAAAUCGGGUAAUAGUGAGUCUUCUUUCGGUGGUGAUGACUUGAUGUUCUCCAAUCUGGGGAAUUUGGGAACGAAAACCACCUCUUCAAUGGAUAGUUAUGAUGUAGAUGAUAUAUUUGGGGGUAUGACGAGGUCCAAGAGCUCCCCUACCGUUGAUAGUGAUGAUGUAUUUGGAUCAUUCUCUUCGUCGGCGAAGCAAAAUGGCUCUGUCGAUGAUUUGUUGGGUGAUUUUAGCCAAUUUGGUACCAAAUCAAAGAGCUGGAACCAGAACAGUUCAAGUGACGUGGGGAAGAAUGCAGCCGAUUUUGAUGAAUUGAUCCCUGGUUUCGGUGGAAAUGCUCAAUCAAGUAGUGGGACUGCUAAAUCAACUUCUUCUGUAGACGACCCUUUUGUUGUUCUUGAAUCGAGUUCAGCUUCGGGGCAUUCUUCUUCGGGUGUGUUUGUGGAUCCACUGGAAGAGUUUGCGAAUUCAUUCAGUUCUAAGGGGACAAAGCCUUCAAAUUCUUCACAAACUUCAACAAAGCUCAGGCCUCCACCGAAACCAGCACAGAAAGUACAUGAAG